GCCUCGGUUCAUGCACGACCAAUCUACUCCAACUAUCGGUUCUAUGCUCUGAGGACUUUGGGAAUGAGGCGAUCAACGGGGUUCUCGCAAAUAGUCACAUUAGCCAAGGAUCCCGGAGAGAAGAGAGAACAGCACAGAACCUAAAUCCCGCAUCUUACCUAGAGAAGUUGCAGACCGCGAACAGUAUCCAGCCAUGAGUGCCGUCGACGAAAACACCUACGUCCUCGUCGGCUCCGAGCUAAGCUAUUUCGCAGCCAAAAUUCGCGCCUACCUCCAAUGGAAAGGCAUCCCCUUCGUCCAGGCCCUCGCCUCCCAGCGUGUCUAUGCCGAAGUCAUCCGCCCCCUCACCCGCACCAACUUCAUCCCGAUCCUCAUCCUCCCCCGCUCCCAAGCCCGCAGUGUCCCCAAGGCGAUUCAAGACACCCGCGGAAUGAUCCGAUACCUUGAAGAGCACCACCGGGACCUGAAGCACAGCGUGAUACCCGUGUCCUCGUCCGCGCUGGCGUUUACCGCCGCGUGGGUGGAACUGCUGGCGGACCAGUGGCUGAACAUCCAAGGGCGGUUCUGGAUGGGCCAGAAGGACGUGCUGGACCAGCAGCGGGAGUGGAUCAUGACAGAGCUCGGGGACACGAUCUUGGGCGGGAAGAAGGCGACCAUGGCAGCCAAGAUGGGCGCGGACCAGCAGGGAUGGACGAACUUUCCGCUGGUGCUCCCGAAUCUCGGCAUCACCGACACCACCGCGCCCGCGAUCCGCCAGCAGUUCUUGCACACCCUCGCGCUGCUCUCAACACAUCUCGCUUACCAUCGGUUCCUCCUCGGGGACCGCAUCUCGCUAGCGGACUUCGCGGUGUACGCGCCGUUCUACGCGCACCUCUCUCGCAACCCGGUCCCGGGGUUCAUCCUCAAGACGCAAGCGCCGUUGGUGUUUGAAUGGAUCGAGCGGGUCGGCGGGAUGGGACGCGCGGGGUCGGCGCACGGCGGGGUGGUCACGCUGGACGAGAAGGGGGAAUGGGUGAACGAGUAUGCGAGUGUGCCGGAGGAUACAGAGCUGCCGGAGACGCUGGUGCCGCUUUUGGAGCUAUGGCUUGGAGAUUAUCUGCCGCUGUUGGCGGAGAGCUGCGAGCAAGUUUCGAGGUUUCUGGAGGGCGGAAAGGGGAAGCCGUUUGAGGCGCGGAAGGGCUGGGUGGAGUUGCCCAGGGCGGUGGGAUGGCAGGCGUUUGAGUUGAGGAGUGGGACAGAGGGGCUGGUGGCAAGAGGGAAGAGAGCGGUUAUCCCCCAUGCGGUUUGGAUGCUGCAAGAGCUGGUGAAGGAGGUAUAUGAUGGGAGAGAGGCAGAUGGGGAUGGGGUGAUUAGGAGGGUUGCUGGGGGCGGUAUGACAGAGGGGCCGUGGAGGAGGUGUGUGGAGUGGGUGAGGAAUGGGAAGUGGAGGUUGGAGAGGGUCGAGAAUCGAUUGGUAGCAGGGCCGAGAAUCGAAGGGGGCACGAAAUUGUAAUCGGAUCUGGGAACUAUAUAGAGUAAGUCCUCACAUGACCGAGUAGCUUUUAGGUGGUCCUAGAAGUCCACGGUCUUGAUUGUUUCGCUACACCACCUAUUAUCGCGUAUCGCGACAGGAUCCAUAUUCCCUUGAACAUCUGAUAUCUCACUGUUCCAUACUACG